UACUGGCCUGGGCUCAAUCAACAAAUACUAAUACCAGCCAACGAUAUCUUUCCUCAUCCGCAACUCUUCCUCGCUCACCUCUCCUGUCUCUUACCUUGCUCAUCAGCUUCUCCUUCUCUCUCAAUUUGCUUUGCUGGAAAUUUAAAGGAGCCUUUCAACUCUUCCUAGCCAAGAGCUAGGUGGUCCAACAGCAUGGCCAACCUUACCAGCAUUCCCCUCGAAUUGCUCCUUAAGAUUUCUUCACAUCUCUCUACCGUCGAUCUAGGCUCGCUGCGUCGAACAUGUAGGACCAUCGAACGCUCCCUAUUCGACAGCUUCGCCAAGGAAUUCUUCUCCAAGAGGCAGUUCAUGUUGACACGGCCCAGUCUCCAAGCUCUGGUCGAUAUCUCCAAGCACCCAAAUCUCUCCAAGGAGCUUCGUCAUGUCAUCAUCGGACUGGAGAAGUACAGGGGCGGCUUGCAGCCCACUUUCGACUUCCCGGAUGAUUCGGCUUACAAAAAGUACCAAGAUGGCUUCAUCGAUCAAACAGUUUUCCUGGAUCUUGGACUUGCCAGGGACUUUCUCAGUGAAGCUUUCAAGAACUUGCCUAAUUUGGAAACCGUCGGAAUACGCAAUUAUUCAGCGCGCGGUCGCUGGAGAGAGGGGCCAGACGCUCUCUGGAGAAGCUACGGAGCCCCAACUGUAUACCAAGAGACUGGCAAAAACCUCCCCCCGGAUCUUGGUCAUAAUGAGGGUUGGGACUUGCAUCGCCUGGCCCUUACUAAUCUCGUGUACGCUCUCGGAGUCGCAUCCAGCAAACCUCCAAAUCUUGAGAUCAUCUUCCGUGGACGAGAUGUUUACUCGCCGGACAACAUCUUUUGUUUUUCCCGAGUCCUCCUGGAUGGCAUGGACGCAACUCUGAAGGGAUUUCGAAGCGUGAUACUGCCACCGCUAUACCUCAGAGAUCCGGGUUGGUUGCCCUCCAGAUGGACCAGGUUGGCUGAGGAGCCCGCAUUGGUAACCUUUCUGGCACGCAUCAAUAAUAUCACUCACCUGCGUCUCAAUUUCCACUCGAGGGCAAUGCAUGAGCGAAUCGCGGGAUUGCUAAUGUGGCUUGCCUUGCCUGCACCAUCCUGUGAGAGCGGUACAAGUGGGGACUCGGCGCAGGCAUCUCUGACGAACAAUGUGAUGCGGCCGGUUGGCUUCCCUCAUUUGAAGCGACUGGACCUCGGCAUGUUGCGUGUACGGGGCGACCAUAUUUUGCGGGUGAUUGCCAAAUUCGCGCCGACUUUGCAGGAACUGAACUUGUGGAAAAUCCGCCUGGGUGAACCUAAUGACCCUAAUUCCGCCAAGAAAAACGUCUGGUCCAUCUUCUUCCAGAGCCUCUCCAAGUUAUCUGGACUAAAGCUUAACCAUCUGCUAGCGGGUGAGCUAAGCCAGAAUUACUACCAGGAAGCUCUUGUAGGAUUCAGGGUGGCCAGAAGGAAUGGCAAUGAGGAAGACCUGGGCGAGGAGGACAUUGGAGAUUCCGAGGACGAGCCGGAAGGUGAGGAGACGGGGAAGUUCGAAAGGGUGGUGGACUAUCGAUUCCGCGAUCCGGCCUUCCUGGAACGCCUGGGGAAGAGGGUUAUUGUCCGAUGGCCUCCUCCGCCUCCUUUGCCAGAGUCGAAUGCAGAGGACGACGAAGAUGAGAUGGGAAACGAAGAUGACAUGGAAAACGAAGAUGACAUGGAUAUUGACGAAGAGUAGGGCAUGUACUAGCGUGGUUGGGAGCAUGACUGUCAUUCCAACCGAUGAGCUUUCCUCAUUAGCAGAUGAAUCGAGUGUAGCUAUGCCGAUUUCCUUGCUGCUGCAAGACAUAUUUUACCUAU